CUAUAAUUUCUGACAAAACUAGCAACAUUCGAAAAGUUGCAGUACUUGUAAAGAUAUUCACAAGCCAUGGAUAUUUCUGUGAUGCAAAACAUGGAACAAUUGCCUAUGGCCCUUCUUUUCAUUAUCCCUUUCCUACUCCUUCUAGGCCUCAUCUAUCGGCUUCGAAUAAAACCAUUUCCACCAGGGCCCAAAGGGUUGCCAAUCAUCGGAAACAUGAUGAUGAUGGACCAGAUAACUCACCGUGGACUUGCCAAGCUGGCUCACAAAUAUGGCGGUAUAUUUCACCUCAAGAUGGGGUUCUUGCACAUGGUUGCUAUUUCUAGUCCUGAAAUGGCUCGCCAGGUGCUCCAGGUUCAGGAUAACAUAUUCUCCAACAGGCCAGCCACCAUCGCCAUCAGUUAUCUCACGUAUGAUAGGGCUGAUAUGGCUUUUGCUCAUUACGGACCUUUCUGGAGACAGAUGAGAAAACUGUGCGUAAUGAAGCUUUUCAGCAGGAAAAGAGCCGAGUCAUGGGAGUCCGUAAGAGAUGAAGUGGACUCUCUUGUUAAAGCUGUUUCGGCCAACACCGGAAAGGCAGUAAAUGUUGGUGAGUUUAUCUUUAACCUUACCAAGAACAUCACUUUCAGGGCUGCUUUCGGUACUAUCUCUCAAGAAGGGCAAGAAGAGUUUAUCAAGAUCUUACAAGAGUUCUCCAAGCUUUUUGGUGCUUUCAAUAUUGCGGAUUUCAUUCCUUGGCUCACCUGGGUUGAUCCUCAAGGACUCAACACCAGGCUGGAGAACGCUCGUCAUGCAUUAGACAAGUUCAUUGAUACCAUCAUGGACGAUCACAUCCACAAGAGGAAUAAAAACAUCGAUGCCUCUGAUGAAGGUGACACCGACAUGGUUGAUGAUUUACUUGCUUUCUACAGUGAAGAAGCCAAAGUAAACGAAUCGGACGAUCUACAAAAUUCCAUCAAACUAACCAAAGACAACAUCAAAGCCAUUAUCAUGGAUGUGAUGUUCGGUGGGACAGAGACGGUGGCAUCAGCGAUUGAGUGGGCCUUGGCGGAACUGAUGAGAAGCCCAGAGGAUCUGAAGAGAGUCCAACAGGAGCUCGCUGAGGUGGUGGGUCUUGACCGCCGUGUGGAAGAAUCCGAUAUCGAUAAACUAACCUUCCUAAAGUGCACCCUCAAAGAAACCCUGAGGCUCCACCCGCCAAUUCCACUCUUGCUCCAUGAGACGGCGGAGGACGCUGUGGUGGGAGGCUAUCAAAUUCCCGCCAAGUCGCGCGUGAUGAUCAACGCCUGGGCCAUUGGCAGAGAUAAGAAUUCAUGGGAAGAUCCUGACAGUUUCAAGCCAUCCAGGUUCCUGAAAGAAGGUGUCCCCGACUUCAAAGGCAGCAACUUCGAGUUCAUUCCAUUCGGAUCGGGUCGGAGGUCGUGUCCGGGUAUGCAACUCGGGUUAUAUGCACUUGACUUGGCUGUGGCUCAUUUGCUUCACUGUUUUACGUGGGAGUUGCCUGAUGGGAUGAAGCCAAGUGAGCUUGACAUGAGUGAUCUGUUUGGACUCACUGCACCUCGAGCGACUCGUCUCUAUGCCGUUCCAAAGAAACGCCUGGUUUGUCCACUCUUUUAAAGCAAACCCGAAAACAAAAACAAAACCCAUUUGAGUCUUAAAUUGCAGCUUAUACAUAAGAAAACCGAGGAACAUUGAAUAAGAAGGUGACAAAGUUGGACUUUACAAAGUGGAACUUUUGGGUUUUCUUUUUUUUUUUUUCUUUUUUUCCCCAAUACAUGAAAGAAUCUGGAUCCUCUCUUUCUCUUUGGAUAAGACUCUUUUCAUUUGAACUGUGUUGAAAAUUGUCUAUCUUUUUUAUUUUUAAUUUUCCCUUUUUAUAACAGUAAUAAAUAUUGUGAAAGAACCCUUUAUUUGGAUCAAAGCAUGAAAAAAACGAAAAUAAUGUUUCAACUAUUGUACAAUGGACAAGUGUGAAUUAAAUUUGCUUUCUAC